GAAGCAAACAUCAUAGAAGACAUAUGUGUACGAUACGUGUUUUGCUGUCCUUAUGAGCGUGGUCAAGCUAUCCAAGCAGAAGGAGCUGAGCACGGGUUACCACCUAUCAAGUCGGUUAAGAUACCACUUGGUUCAGAUUUCUUAUUAGUUCCCGGCUUCGUGAGAGAAGCUGCAUGUGAGGUCUUCUUCGAGCGAGGUUGCGACGAUGUAUCGCUUCCAAAACUAAUCCAUUCGAUUGUUGAAAGGUGUCCCUUAGAUCUGCGGAAAAGAAUGUUUGAAAGUUUGUUGAUCACGGGAGGACCUUCAUUGAUUCCAGGUUUCCUCAGUCGUCUGAAGGCUGAGCUGAAAGAAGAAGCGAAGUCUAGUCCGAGUAAAACGAAGCAGUGCGAAUCUAUUCGCUUUUAUCGAUUCCCAGACCAGAGUGCUGAGUUAUACUUACCGUGGUUAGGAGGAAGCUUGUUUGGUGCGUUGCAAGAUGCUGUCCAGCUCAGAUCUAUAUCGAGGGAAACAUGGAUUGAAGACAGGAGCAUCCCUGAUUGGACUGACUAUGUCCGACAUGGCAUACCAUGCGGCAAACCUGAACUCGAGCGCUAA